AUGCUGGUUGUUGGGGCAGCCGUUGUGUUGGUUGUGAGGGUACUCCCUUCAUCUCUCAUAGUGGUCAGAAGACAAGAGCACGAAUGUAGACGUGGGUUCCAAGGGAGUAGGAGUAAACGCUGGAGAGCCCGGCAAAGGAGCCAAUGUCCAAGUUGGGGGAAAAGGUGUGUCCGUCUCCGCCGGCCCCAAGAAAAAACCCGUAUACGUCGGAGUACCAGGACCCUCCCCAUUCAUCUACCAAUACGCUGCCGAAGAAAUCAACUCCAUGAUAACCCCAACGUGGCUCUAUUCUUUCUGGAGAAAGACCUCACACAACGCAGAAAGUUGACCCUGCACUUCACUAGAACUGCCAACACAGCCUCUUUCUUACCUCGUCAGGAAGCUGAGAAGAUACCCUUUUCGUCCAACAAGUUCCCGGAUAUUCUAGACCACUUUUCAGUGAAACCCAACUCGGUGGCAGCAAAGACAAUGAAGCAAACAAUUAAGGAAUGUGAAGAGCCCGGCAUUGAAGGAGAGGAAAAGUAUUGUGCAACUUCAUUGGAGUCAAUGAUUGAUUUUAGCACCUCUGGAAAUGGAAAGAAUCACAUUGCAAUCUCCACCGAGGCAAAGGAAACUCCGGCGCAGAAGUACAGUAUUGUCGGAGUGAAGAAGAUGGGAAAUAGUGAAGCUGUGGUGUGCCACAAGCAGAACUACCCGUACGCUGUGUUUUAUUGCCACAAGACAUACACCACGAAAGCAUACCUGGUUUCCAUGGUAGGUGAAGAUGGCACAAAGGUGAAAGCGGCGGCAGUGUGUCAUACAGAUACAUCAAAGUGGAACCCGAAGCAUUUGGCUUUCCUUGUCCUCAAGGUCAAAUCUGGAACUGUUCCAAUCUGCCACUUCCUUCCUGAGGAUCAUGUCGUCUGGGUUUCGAACUAG